GAAACAAAACAUCCGAUUGCUGGAAUAACAAAGUGCUGAAAAUCUUUACAAUUACGAAGCGGAUAUCUAAAGGGAAAAUACAUGUUUUCGUCGUUGCGAAGCGGUAUCGUUCGACACAACGUUCCCGCUUUGUGGCAGCCGAGUUUCCGGAGCGUGAUGGCCCAAUCCCAGAGGACGACCAAAGCGCCGUUGAUUGCAGUGGCGCAGAUGAAAUCCACCAACGAUAAGGAACACAAUUUGGACCAAGUGCGAACAAUCACUGAGCGUGGCAUAGCAAAGGAUGCCCAGUUCAUUUUCUUUCCAGAGUGUUGCGAUUUUGUUGGGACGCAUCGAGAAGAAACGAUGCGACUGUCAGAACCAUUAACGGGACCCCUGGUACAGCAGUACAAACGGUUGGCCCGUGAGCACAACGUUUGGCUAUCAUUUGGAGGGAUCCACGAGAGCAUAACCGACUCAAGCGGCUCUGAGAAGGAGAUACAACGAAUUUUCAACACUCACAUCGUCAUCGAUAACACCGGUGAGCUGGUGGCCAGCUAUCGCAAACUGCACAUGUUCAACGUAGUCACACCGGAAUUCAGAUUUCGCGAAUCCGAUACUGUCCAAUCCGGGGCCAGCGUGGUGGCACCGAUAGAAUCACCAAUAGGGCGAAUUGGGUUGCAGAUUUGCUAUGAUGUGAGGUUUCCGGAAGUGAGCACCAUGCUGCGAAAGCAGGGAGCAGAAAUUCUUACCUACCCGUCCGCAUUUGCCGUUUCCACCGGUCGAGCGCAUUGGGAAGUGCUGCUGCGUGCUCGGGCAAUAGAGAAUCAAUGCUUUGUCGUUGCCGCUGCACAGAUUGGAUUCCACAACAAGAAACGCGAGAGCUAUGGCCACGCGAUGGUAGUGAACCCGUGGGGAACUAUUCUUACGGAGGCAGACCCAAAACUGGACCUGGACAUUGUGUACGCGGAGCUAGACUACGAUAAGCUUGAAAGUGUGCGGGCAAACAUGCCUUGUUUUGAGCAUCGCCGGAACGACGUGUACAAUCUCAGCGCGCUCAAGGAACUACGGUACACGAGCGAUUCAGCGAAAAUAGUGGAGUACAAAUUCGGUAGCUUCGUGAUCGAACCAGAGACGAUAUUUUAUGAGUCUGAGUACUGUUUCGCCUUCACCAAUAUACGGUGUGUGGUGCCGGGACAUGUGCUCGUUACUACGAAGCGGCCAACGGCUCGUUUGCCGGACCUAACUCCACCGGAAAUCAGUGACUUCUUCCAGGUUGUUUGUAAGGUGCAAAAAGCGGCCGAACGAUUAUACGAUGCUACCUCAUCUACCAUCACCGUGCAAGAUGGUCCAGAUGCUGGGCAAACGGUUUUCCAUGUGCACUGCCAUGUGAUGCCACGGCACGUUGGCGAUUUCCCUGAGAACGAUCAGAUCUACGGUGAGCUGAAUCGCCACGAUAAAGAACCGGAACGUCCAAGACGGCCGGUAGCGGAAAUGGUGGACGAAGCGCUGCGAUAUCGGGCGGAAUUAUCUCGGUUGGGUUUGUGAGAGGUCAGUGGUUCCAGUGUUAUAACUAACAAAUAAACAAUAGAUGCUUUAUUGAAAUAGAAGUCUUUAUUGAAGUUACAC